AUGGGUGGGAGGGUCUGGGGGAACUUCAUGCGCGAUGCCGAAGAGAUCGCAUGCAGCCGACGCAUGAACAGCCUCACGCUGAACCGGCACACAGAGAUACUGGAGAUCCUGGAGAUUCCGCAGCUCAUGGACACCUGUGUCCGCAACGGCUACUACGAGGAGGCGCUGGAGCUUGCUGCCUAUGUGCACCGGCUGGAGAGGAAGCACAGCAGCAUCCCUGUGAUCCAGGGCAUCGUGGAUGAGGUGCGCCAGUCCACCCAGCUGAUGCUGAACCAGCUCAUCCAGCAGCUCCGCACCAACAUCCAGCUGCCAGCCUGCCUGCGGGUCAUCGGCUACCUGCGGCGCAUGGAUGUCUUCACGGAGGCUGAGCUGCGCAUCAAGUUCCUGCAGGCGCGGGAUGCCUGGCUGCGCUCCAUCCAGGCCUCCAUCCCCGAUGACGACCCUUACUUCCACAUCACCAAAACCAUCGAGGCCUGCCGUGUCCACCUCUUUGACAUCAUCACCCAGUAUCGUGCCAUCUUCUCUGAUGAGGAGCCGCUCCUGCCCCCCGAGGGGCAGGCCCUCAACGAGGGGGCCAUCUUCCACGGCUGGGUGCUGCAGAAGGUCUCAGAGUUCCUGCGGACGUUGGAGCGUGAUCUCCAGCGUGGGGUGGGCAGCCGCCUGGACUCGCUGCUGGGACAGUGCAUGUACUUUGGCCUCUCCUUCAGCAGGGUGGGGGCUGAUUUCCGUGGGCAGCUGGCCCCCCUCUUCCAGCGUGUGGCUGCCGCAGCUUUCAAGAAGGCGGUGGAGGAGGCGGUGGAAAAGUUUCGGGAGGAGAUGAAUUCCUACACUCUCAUCUCCGCCCCGGCUGUCCUGGGGGGCAGCGCAGGGGUACCAGUGCCUGCGACACAGCCGGGGACGCUGCAGCCACCCAUGGUGCUGCUGGACUUCCCACCACUCGCCUGCUUCCUCAAUGGCCUUCUCGUCGCCUUCAAUGACCUGCGGCUUUGCUGCCCCAUCGCCCUGGCCCAGGAUGUCACCACCUGCCUGGAGGACGCGCUUGGCGAGGUCACCAAAACCAUCCUGGCAUUUCACCGUGCGGAGGAAGCAGCUUUCAGUGGGCGAGAGCAGGAGCUCUUUGCCCAGUUCUGCACAGCCUUCCUCGAGGACCUGCUACCCUACCUCAACCGCUGCCUCCAGGUCCUCUUUCCCCCGGCACAGAUCGCGCAGGCACUGGGUGUCCCCCCAACCCAGCUGCAGCGUUUCGGUCGCCUGGGCCGCAUCGACGUGGGUGCCAUCAGGGAGCCGCUGGCUUUCCUCCUGCCAGCAGCGGGCGAGGAGGAGCUGGGCCAGGAGAGCACCCUGCACCCAGAGGGGGAAGAGGAGGCCAUGCCCGGAGAGAGCGGGACACCCUUCCCGCUCCGCCUGCUCGUCAACCCCGCGCUCCGCGUCCUCGAUGCCCACCUCGUCACCGGCCCCGAGGGCUGCGCCAGCCUCAAGGGCUUCUCCGCCUACGUCCCGCGCCACUGGGCCGUCCACGUCUCUGGCGUGGAUGAGCACGGGGAGCCGGUCAGCUGGGAGGCGACGGGCUGGGCUGCCCGCAUCAUCCAGCACGAGAUGGACCACCUGGAUGGGAUCCUCUACAUCGACCGGAUGGACACCCGCACCUUCACCAACGUCAGCUGGAUGGAGCUCCUGGACUGA